UCAUAGUCAAUAAUCUGAAGACCAGUAUGAAUUAUAACGUUUUGAUAAGAUAUGAACAACUUUCACCUACGAAUUGGGAAGAAGCAACUACACUCAACAUCAAAUAAACCGCACCUUCCGCGACGCGAACUUUAAAGAUUUUCUUCUGACACAAUUAUGGUACCCCAACAAUAUUGGUGUUAUUUGAAAGCCCAAUAAAUAUCCUUAAAGAAAAAUACAUUUCAUUUCUAAAUAAAUGAUUAACAUAUACCAUAAAUGUUACUUGAAAAUAGACCUCACUUUGGGCUCACCUCUGGGAUCAAUUAGACCAAUUUUUAUGGUUAUAAAACCAAAUAAAGAUCACACGACGUGUCCUCUUUAACAGAUGGAUAGCGAUUAAUCCUAACUUAACAGUUUUACAGUCAUAAAAAAUGGCUAUAGCGUAACUACCUAUUUUUUGAAGAUGUGACUCUGGAUCCUUGUAAAGACACAUUUUUGGGGUAAAAACCUUUCCUUUAAUGAAAUGAAGUUUAGAACUAGGCUUUCAAAUGGUACCAAUGUUGGUGGGAAGUGGACGUUUGAUAAGUGCUUGUCGCGGAAGGUGCGAUUUAUUUGAUGCCGAGUGUAUAUUAGUAAAACGACCGUUACCAAUAGACUAUGAUUCACCUUGUGCAAAUGUGGGUCCCGAAGAUGUUACAGUAUCAACAAGUUUGCCUGCUAAUCAACGUAGUGUUUUGGUUACGCCGCCAGUGUGCUUAGAAAAGGAUAAAGAUACAGAAAUAAGGAUAUAUUUAGGUAGACAAGAUGGCCGAACAUCAAAUGCAAGAGCAUCAUCGCUAAUUGACUCCAUUGUUCUUAUUCCGUCUUUUGAUGACAUACCCUUCUUCGCAAAUAGAAGUGAUUUGAAAGAGGAGUUUGACCUAUCGGUCAAACUAUUGAUUGUGGAAAUUCAUAUUAGGUACUACAGCCUUAAUAGAGACACAGUGCCAGAAAUUUGCAAAAAAUAUCAUGCUAGUAUUGGAUUUUACAUCCGCAAUGGCACUGAAUCAUGCCAGUGUGAUCCUUCAGGAUCAAAAAGUCAUCAGUGUAACUCCUACACAGGAUACUGUCAAUGUGUGAAAAAUAUCGUCGGACCCAGAUGCGACCGCUGUGCGCCAGGCACAUAUGGUUUUAGUAAAUUCGGCUGCAAGCGCUGCGACUGCAACAGCAUAGGUUCACUUGAUAAUUUUUGCGAUGCUACAAGUGGUCAAUGCAAAUGUAGAGCCAAUACAUACGGAUGCGCAUGUGACCUAUGUCAGCCUGGUUAUUAUAACUUCCCGAAUUGUCAACAAUGCGACUGUAAUGGUCAUGCAAUGGAAUGUGACGAUAGAACUGGUGCAUGUAAAGAAUGUAGAGACUUCACCGAAGGCCACAGAUGUGAGCGAUGCAUAGAUGGAUAUUACGGUGAUCCUCGACUUGGUGUAGAUAUACCUUGCCGUCCUUGUCCUUGUCCAGGUGUUAAAGGUGAUCCUAACAAGAGCAGUCACGCUGAUCGAUGUGAAUUAGACUCCGAAACGAAAGAUGUGGUGUGUGAUUGUAAAGAAGGAUAUGCCGGUCUUCUUUGUGAUGUGUGCGCUGAUAACUACUUUGGAGACCCUAUUAAAGGAACCUGUGAAAAAUGCGAGUGUAAUGAUAAUACCGAUAUUACAAAACCUGGUAACUGUGAUCCUUAUACUGGUAAAUGUUUACAAUGCUUACAUAAUGCAGCAGGUGACCAUUGCGAAGUUUGUCAAGAAGGAUAUUACGGUAAUGCAGUCGAAAAAGCUUGUUAUAAGUGUAACUGCUCUGUUCUUGGAACAAACUUUACCAGAGGAAAUUGUGAUGGUAUCACAGGUCAAUGUCCAUGUUUCAACAUUGUUAAAGGUGUAAAUUGUGAUCAAUGCACAGAUAAUCACUGGCGAAUAGCAGUGGGAACAGGGUGUGACCCUUGUGAAUGUGAUCCUAUAGGAUCUUUAUCACCUCAAUGUAAUCCCUAUAUUGGAAAAUGUGAUUGUAAACCUGGUCAUGGAGGAAGACAAUGCGAUCAGUGUCAGGAAAAUCACUGGGGUGACCUGAAUUUGGAAUGUCAUGAAUGUGAAUGUGACUUACGUGGAUCUAUAUCACAACAAUGUAUGAGAGAAAAUGGAUCAUGUAUAUGUAAGCCUGGUAUUGGCGGAUACAAUUGUGACUUAUGUGCUCGAAGUUACCUUGGAGAAGCUCCCGAUUGCUACGCCUGUGGAGAAUGUUUCGAUAACUGGGAUCGCCUUAUUAAUGAUUUACGUAUCCAAACUGAUUAUGCUAUCGGAAAUGCCAGCAAAAUAAAAGUCGUAGGUGCUACAGGUGCUUACACUAGAGAUUUUGAUGAAAUGACUAAGAAGUUAGCGGAAGUAGAAAACAUGCUUCAAAGCGCUAAAAUGGGGCAAACAACAGUUAAAGACCUUUUAUCAAAUAUCAGUAGCUUACAAGAUCAACUAACGUCAGUAGAACAUAAAGUUAAAGAUGCCAAUGAUAAUCUCAAUGACAUAACAUCAAAAAUCAAUUUAGGUAACGUCACAUUAGAUGGACUAAGAAACAACAUUCAAAACUUGAAAGGUAAGACCAUUGAACUUGGCAGCAAUGCAACGAAAUUGCAAGAGGCCAAUCUAGAAGGCGCCCUAAACUUAACUAGAGAAGCAAAACAAAGAGCUGUCAAAGCAUCAGAUGAAGCAGAAGGAGUACAAACAAUAAUUGCUAAUACUGAUAGGCAAAUCAAAAAUACAGACAGGUUAAUUGAAUUGCAGUAUACAAACUUUAAUAAUACACAAAAUGAAAAUGAUAAAAAGCUAGAUGAUAUGGAAUCACAUUUGCCUAAGCUAAACGAAAAAAUGUGUGGUCAAGAAAGUGAUAGCUGUGACAUUUGUGGAGGCGCCGGUUGUGUAAAAUGCGGCGGAAUAUCUUGUGACCAAGGAGCUGUUACAAAAGCGGAACAAGCAUUAGAUUUUGCCAAUAAAACUGAACACAGAAUCAAAGAACACGAAUUAACAGCAGAAGACCUAUUUAGAUCAGUUUCGCAAGUAAAACAAGAUACCAUAGUGGUUCGUUCAAGAGCAAACGACUUAUUUAAUAGAGCUAACGAUUUCAAAUCAUCAGCUGAACGCAUAACCAAUGAAAGUUUAGAACUUACUUCCGAGUUAAAACAGCUCUUAUCGAAUACAUCUAACACUCCGGCCGAUGUAAGGACUUUAGCGCAAGAUAUACUCAAAUUAUCUAUUAGCAUAGAACCCAAAGAAAUUACUGAAUUAUCACAUCGAAUUAACUCUACUGUAUCGCAACUAACAAAUAUAGAAAACAUCAUAAUUGAAACAAAGCCAGACUUAGAAAGAGCCAAAGCGUUAAAACUGAAUGCUACUGUGGUGAAUCAAUCGGCAAAUCUGACAUUAAAAAUGGCUAAUAAAGUUUUGGAGGCUUUGGAUGAAGCUCAAGCUGCACAAAAUGCUGCAGAAAAUGCAAUUAACAAAGCUAAGAGUGACAUUGAUGCAGCCAAAGCAGAUUUAGUUCCAAUAGCUAUGGAGACAGAGCAAGCACAAAAGAAAGCGAAUGAAACAAAAGAUGCAGUUGAAGGCCUACGACUCUGUCUUUCAGGUUUACAUAAAGAUAUCCUAAAAAUAGAAAGUGAUGCAGAACAAGUGAAGCAGGAGGCAAACGAUGUCGUUAAUAGAGCUGAAAUGGCUGAACAAAAGGCAAGACAGCUUAGACAAGACAUCAAACAGACUAACAUGUCCCUUGCAGAGCGCGCAAGUCAGACAUAAAAUUCUAGAGAGCGAGCGCAGCUUUUACUAAACCGUGCUACAAAACUCGCUAGCGAGACACAGUCGCAACUUAAAGUGCUAGCUAACAAGACAUGGAAGAGCUGUAUAACGAUCAUAACGCCCAACUUAACACU